UGUCUUGUGUUUGAAGAUGCACCACUUGGAGUCAAAGGAGCCCUGGCAGCGAAUGUGGUUAUGAUUCCAGAUGAAAAAUUAAAUCCAGAUCUUAAAAAGGAGGCAACACUACUGCUGAACUCCAUGGAGGAUUUCAAACCAGAACUGUUUGGUUUACCAGCAUAUGAUUAA